AUGCCUUGGUAUUCCUACUCUAUGGGGAAAAGCAAAGAAAUGUGCCUUGAUGUACAUCAAGGAAAGGAUUUGGAUUUUAUUAGGAGGAGGUUGAUAAGCGAAGAGGAAGCUACGGCUAUUAUGAGGGUCCCAAUUGGAUCUGCUGCGGCUAGUGAUAAAUUGAUUUGGCCGUGGGAGAAAUCGGGGAAAAAUGAAAUCACAACUUUGAAUGAGUGGUUUCAUGAUAUUCUCUUUCAUGAUGGGUUGGGCAAGGUGGAUAGAGCCCGAAUUGCAUCAUCUUUGGCCUUCACUUGCUGGAAUAUAUGGAAGUUGCGCUAUAAGACGAUCAUAGAAGGUUGUAGUCCAUCCCCAAGGGCUACUGUGAUUGCAUCCUCUUAUGCUAUCUCUGAUUUUUCGAGAGCAAAAGCUCACGUAUUGCCUGGUAUUCAGAUUCUCAACAAGGUGGCAUUGCCAAGGCGUGUCCCUGUUCAGCAAAUUCGGCGUUGGAAGCGGAAGCUUUAG